UGUGAAAUCCUUGGCCCCGGUUGGCUCUCCUGCGCUGUCGGUGACGCGCGCACACGUGCACAUACGCACACUCGUAGCAGAGCAUCAUAGAGGGAGAAGUAGCGGCAGCGAAACGGUUUGGAGGGGAGGGCGACGGGCUUCGACUUUGGAUGCUUAGUCACAUCUUGCCUUGCCCAGAGAGGCGAGGGAUGGAGCGGGUAGAAGGGAAACACUGAGCGGGUCAACGGGAGACGACACGGAAGAAAGCACGGGGUGUUAAAUCUGGAGUAGACGAUGCUUUUUUGCCGCAGGCCCCGCCAUCGUGAAAUCGGAUACCGACUUGCGGCGGAUGGGGUGACCGAGCUCGCUGCCCCGCCGGGGAGGUCCCUUCCUUCGGACGUUGCCGGGGUGGGAGCCGCCUGUGCCCGGUUCUAAGGAAGGAAGGAUUGGCAAGAGGGAAAAUGCAGACGGAGGAGGAGACGGCCACCGCAGAAGAGCCCAUUUUGGACGAAGGGUCAGGACGAGACCAGCAAAGGCCGAUCCAACAGUCUCUGGGCUCCUCCCUGUGUCGGGAGUCCCAUUGGAAGUGCCUCCUCCUGACCCUCCUCAUGUACGGCUGCUUCGCCACACUCGCCUGGUGCGCUCUCUGUCGCGUCUCCGUUCUCAGCUCGGCCAUACCUCGCGGCGCCGACGGCGACGCCACCUCGGCGGCCUACUACAAUGACAUCUUGCACCUGGAGAGUCCGUGCUCUAGCGGCUACGUCUACAUCCCGCUGGCCUUCCUGGCAAUGCUGUAUGUGGUUUACUUGGUGGAGUGCUGGCACUGCUUCUCCAAGACGGCAAUGCUGGCUCAUGCUGAAUUCCAGGAAGUGUACGAGCGUGUGCAGAGACUUCAGCAGGCCACACCCUGCAUUUGGUGGAAGGCCAUCAGCUACCACUACGUGAGGAGGACCAGGCAGGUGACAAGAUACCGCAACGGGGAUGCGUACACCACCACACAGGUCUACCAUGAGCGGGUCAACACUCAUGCCUCCAGUUCAGAGUUUGACUACGCCCGCUAUGGGGUCAAAGACGUGUCGAAGGAGCUGCUGGACCUGCAGCUGCACCCUGCCGUCCGCCUCCGUUUCACCAAGUGUUUCAGCUUCUCCAGUGCACGUGCUGAAGCAGCCUACCUCACCCAGCGAGCACGCUUCUUCGGAGAGAACGAGGGGCUUGACGACUACAUGGAGGCCAGAGAGGGGAUGCACCUGAAGAACGUAGAUUUCCGUGAACACAUCCUGGCGUUCCCAGAUCCUGCCCACCAGCCCUGGUUUUCUCGGCACCGGGUCUUCUGGCUGGCUUCUGCUUUCCUCCUGUCAUGGCCGCUGCGGGUUGUGUCGGAAUAUCGCACAGCGUACGUCCACUACCAUGUGGAGAAGCUGUUUGGGGAGGACGAGGACGGCGGCGGAGGGGGAGUUGGCGGAGGAGGACGAGGGGACGGGGUUGAAGGAGGGACAGAGAAUGGGAUCCACCCUGGUCUAAAUGGGAGUUACAGAGCCAUCUCUCGCGUCAACACGGUGGACAUGACAGAACUGGAGUGGCACAUUCGCUGUAACCAACAGAUGGUCCCGAGCUACUCAGAGGCCCUCCUUAUGGACUUGGACAUGAGCGUGGGGACUAACCCCACCGCGUCUACGCCCAUCUCUGGGCCUACGAGCUCCACCCCCAGCCAGGGUACCAACCCGCCUCCUCUAGCUCUGCCUGUUGUCUUCAACUCGGCUUACCUCCUCCAGAGUUGCCCCCGAUGCCGGAGGACCACGUCCAGUUCCAGUCUUCCCUCCAGGCUAAGGGCCCCCAUGGGAACCACAGCCCUCCUGAACGCUACCGUGGCGGGGAUCAGGGCAGCGGGGCAGGGGGGUGGGGGUAUAGGAGGAAGGCUGGUGCUCAGUCGGAGCGGGUUCUCUCUGGGGAGACUGGGGGGAGUGCGCCAGAACAGCCUGUUUCACUCGAGAAGCAUGGGAGGUGGGCUGGGAGGAAGUAGGGAAGAUGGGGGAGGAAGUGGAGGAGGGGGAGGUAGCGGAGGAGGAGGUGGAGGAUUCCUUGGACUAGGUUCAAGACAGGACAACGAGGAGACCAGAGGAGUGCUAGAAGGAGAAGGGGAGGAGGAGGAGGAGGAAGAGGAGCAGCAGCAGGAGGAGGUGACGAGGAGGGAACAGGGAAGAGAGGAGAGACAAAGAGGAGACAGAGAGAGGGACGAAGAAGCAGAGCAAGACAGUGGAGGGUUAGGCGAGGUGAGGGAGGGAGAAGGGGGAGGGAGGGAACGUCCGCCGUCAUACCAGGACGCAUUCUUCUUCCCCGUCCUCAUCAUACACGGAGAGGAGAGCUGCCAUGCAGGAGACGACAUGUGACAAAGGAGAAGGUCUGGGCAGAGGCCGGGGCAGACGGAGGCCUGAACAGUUCUAUACCAACCACAGAAAGACCAGAGGACUCAGUCACAGCAAAGCAGUUUGGUGACCGACAGAAGUACCGAGGAAGGGGGGGGGGAGGGGUAGCCGUGGUGAUGGAAAGACGUGGAGUCAAAAGGGAAAGAGGAGAGGAGUGCAUUCUGUACAAAGCCAGGAACCCACUGGUUCAGAAGGAGAUGAGGGCUGAUAGAGAGACAAUAACCUGGAGACCAUGAUACACAGAGCUUGCGAGAGAGGGGGGGACCAAUCCAGGAACAGAGAGACUGAAAACAUGGGAAUGACUAUUUCCAGAUAUAUCUAUGCAAGGACAAGAGUGGGAGAAGGAGAAGUGUAAAGAUAGCAGAUUGGAGAGCGGUGGAGGGACUCCAAACCAGCUGAGUGGUAGUGGGGUUUUCAAAACGACCAGAAGUGGAGGGUUUUUCAAAAUAGUAUUUUGAAGUAUUUUGAAAUCUAAAAUGCCUAAACUAAAAGAUGUGGCUCAUUAAAAAAGAUGAAAAGCGGGAAGAGCAACUUCUAAAUAUUUCAGACGAGGGAAGGAACUAACGAGAUCACAAAGGAUUACAAGAUGCGAUGUAGAGAAGUAAAGGGAGGGAAACGAUGGCACACGUUUGCAAUGUGGAAAAAUGGAAAUGGAGGAGAGGAUAUGUGUCAGAGCACAGCAUGGAAACAAUAACUAGAAACACAAAACUGACCAUGACAGACCAGAUUUCCCUAAAUCCGGUUCUCCACUUGACAGAGAAUUCACAUAGGUUCUUUAAAAGAAAUCAAAACAGACUUAUCAAAAAGAUCAACUCAAUAAGAGGAGAAAUCCAAAGAAGAUACAGGAUUUUAUCACAGAGACAAAACACCAAAACACCGUACAUAAAUAAAAUAUUCAAAUAGUUCCCCAAGUCACUUUUUCAAACCGGGGUCUUUCUUAGAUCUUUUAAAAUGUACUACACACACACUUAGGAUUGGGCGUCGAGGAUCAGUUCCAACUUGAAAUCGUUUUUUUUUUUUGUUGAUUAUUUGCUCAAUGUGGUUUUAAAUACAAAAUGAAAUGUUCCUCUUAUCUGUGAAGCAUGUGACCCGUUUCAACUCCGCCCCUCAAAGCAUCAGGAUCAAUGAGGGCUGGAAUCAAAAAGAAGAAUCCGCAUUGGGAUCAGAUGUUGGAAUUAAAACCACGCCCAGCCCUACACACAGGGGCGCCCGGUGAGCUCAGGCGGCAGAGCAGGCGCCCAUAGAGGGUUACUCCUGGACGCAGCGGGCCCGGAUUCGACUCCGACCUGCGGCCCUUUGCUGCAUGUCAAUCCCGUUCUCUCCCCCCUUUCAUUUCUUCAGCUGUUCUGUAAGUAAAUGCCCAAAAAAUCAUCUUUAAAAGAAAAUACCCUCCACACGCUGCAUCUGGCCAGCAACCGUAACAGAAUUAUAAACAUCGAUUUCCUCCCUCCUCUUCAUGCUCUCUUACUACUCCCUUCACAUUAGCGUACACACCACUCUAUCCAUUACCGUUAUGAGCUGAGAGAAAAAGCUCCAUGAGAGGAACCAUCGCUUCUUCUACCUCUCCUCUCCUUUCAUGCUCCUCCCGCCAGUUUGUCACCUCUUCUGUUCUCCUUCCCCCAUCCUCCCCCCUCCCUGCAGAGGCGUUAUUCUCAGCGAAAUGUGACUCAAUUAAAUAUUAUUUAAAGAGCGCCAAGUCACACCAACUGUUAUCUCACAGCGCUUUUCAUAAAAGAGCAGGUCUGAACCGGACUCUGGGACCUGACUCUUGCUUUUUAAAAACACGGCUAGUAAGUAGACCUGUCACAAUUAUUACAUAAUUGUCUAAUUGUCAAUAUUUGUACGUAAUCGAGCAGUCUUUGUUCAACCGUAAUAUAUUGCUAACAUUAGCUAAGGUCUUACGGGCUACGCCUGUUGAUGGAAAUUGUUGAUUUUGUUUAGAUAUGCCAAAUUGUAAUUAUAUAACUAGUUAUUGGU